AAGAGCUUAAGUAAAAGAGAGCCUUCUCCUCCGCGCAGACACUUUCCGUCUUCUCUCUGACGGUGGAAGGAAUACCCCCCGGAGAAUCUGCCCCAGAUUCCGUCGGACGCCAUUAACGGAGGCCUCCGAACUCCGAUUCCGGCGAGCCCUGUCGUCUGAUUAUCCGCAUCCAUCCACACUCUUCCCCGGAUUUAUUUUCUCGCUUUCAGCGGUGUCCUCUCCUUUUUGCUUGAGCUCUGAUCUGCCGGAAUCGAGCCCCGAAGUGUCGCGUCCGGUGAUGAGAUAGCGCCGUCCUCCUCGAGGACCGUUGAUCUGGAGGAAGAGGGCGGAAGGCAGCUCGCUCGGCAAUGGCGCCUUCGAUCAGUAACGGUGGCGGGUCGGGAGAGGCUAGCGGCUGCAAUUACAUCGAGCACCAGGUGACGAAGAUGGAUACUCUCGCGGGAAUCGCAAUCAAGUACGGUGUCGAGGUGACGGACAUAAAAAGGAUGAACGGCUUGGCGACAGAUCUUCAAAUGUUUGCCCUGAAGACAUUGCGGAUACCAUUACCGGGGAGGCACCCACCUUCUCCCGUUACUUCUAAUGGUUCCACUUAUCCAAGGAAAAACAGUCCUGAGAAAUCACCUCCACUCAAUGGCAGCUUCCAUAUGUUGGAGUCUUUUGAAUCUUUGAUGCUGAAACCACCCAAGAAGGUCUCUCCUGCCAUGAACACUCUACAGAAAUACUAUGGUCUCAAAUCGCCAAUUCCAAAGAGUGCAUCGGAAGGAAUGGAAAUGGCUGUUUACCGAACCGGGAAUUCUCAUGUUUAUGAGGAUACAUCGCCACCUAAACCGUCAACAAUUCGUGAUUUGACUCCAAAAUCUGAAAGCUUGAGGAAUGGGUUUGUGCCUGAGGAUAGUGGUGUGGCAGAGUAUGGGCCUCUGAUAAAUUUCGAGGAUGAAGGCUCCAGCGAGAAUUCUGUCUGGAGGCAUCAAAAACUUGAAGCUGAUUUUGGUCUUGGGACGCCAGAGAAGUUACUGAAGGAAGAAAACAGUGGUGGAAGCACCAGUUUCUCAACAAUUACUGGGAAGAACUUGGAUUUGAGACGCAAAUCAGCUAGCAGGACAACACUAGUUGCUGAUGCAGAGUCGAGUUGGUCGAGUUCAAUUCCAAAUGGUUUUGGAGACUCUUCUAACCAUGAUGAAUUUGUUCUGGUGCGCAAAUCGUCUAGUUCGUCAAGCUUACAAGACCAAGAGGGCAAUACCUCCUCAUCCAAUACACGGCCGAUCAAGUGGACUCUGAAACACGACUUUCCAGUGAUGUCAGCUGCAUCCAUUGCAAAGCCAAUCUUUGAUGGCAUUCCGAUCCCAAUUUCUGGCCGCAAGAACAAAGCCGCUCUCGACUAAAUUCUGCGUGGCUUGCACAUAUAUGUAGAACACCAUUCAUCCUUUCUCAGUUUCAAUUCUAUUCAAUGAUUUGCACUUCCGUGCUGAAGAUAUGGCAAGGUCUCUCGCUCUGGGAACGAAGUAUAUUGGUGGUCCAGUUGGGGAUGACCUUGAAUUGGCAGAAGAUACUGAAGUUUUGUAUAUACUCCAUAUACUGGCUCUGAUCAGUCGUGUUGGAGGAAGGUUCCAUGAGAAAAGGUAGGAGAAAGAAAUAAAUCGAGAAGGUAUGCAAUUGUAUCGGUUAUGCCCUUAAGAAGAACAUUCUUGUCUGCCUAUAUACACUUGUGAAGCGAAAGGGAAAUUUGUGUUAAUUAUCUUCUUAGUUUGUUAAGAUUCAAGGGGACGCAUAUUCUAUUGUUCCAUUUCUUCUGGCAAUUGUAUUUACAUUGAGAUUUAUAUUUUAUGAAUUAGGAGCUUUAGCGAUCAGAUCUGGUAUGGAUUGCUAGACUCAAUUUUAGUUCGAGUCGGAAGCAUUAUUUUUCCAUGGUUCCAGGCUCGGCUCUCCUAGAAUAUGUUAUCACCUCUUGUAUUCCUGUUUAAGUAACAUGAGACGGUUCAUAUA